UUUAUUUAUUUUUAUUUAUUUUCCAUAUUCUGUCUCUCUCUGUCACAGAGGAAACCCUAAAUCCUAAACUUUGGUGGCCAUAAAAAGCAGGAGAGUUGAAGGAAGUUGUAAGGUUGUUGAAGGUUAUGCCACAUUUUUUGUUGAAUUCCCACUUCCUCUUUCUUCUCUAUUUUCCUCUGUUUUCAACCAAACCACAAACUCACCGCCUCCUCCUUCCAUGGAUUCCGGCAAUAGUGGGAGUAUGCAGUCCUCUAGUGGCGGCGAUGAGGAGUAUGAGUCACGCGCCGACACCAUCCCGACUACGUUUUUCACCAACCCACCAACCCACGCGGCUUCUUUCCCUGCAAACUUCCAUCCUCCCCCGCCUCCUCAAUCCUCCUCCACCUCCUCUUCCUCCUCCUCUGCCGCCAUGUUUGAUCAUUUGUCCACUUUAUUUGAUCCAAGAUCUUCCCUUUCUAACCAAAACCCACUUCUCAAUCUCGAUAUGCUUUGGUCCCGGACUAUGAGAUCUGAUCAGAUUUCGCCGGAUCUCCCUGACCCACCUCCUGAUUCCUCUGCCACCGCCGCCGCCGCCGCCGAUCAAAAUUUAUCCUCUAUCUCUAAUUUCUCUGGUGUUCAGACUUUUUCUCAACCAUCUGACGCUACUAAUUCCUUCCAACCCACCCACCAGUCUGAAUUGCAGAAUAUUCCCAACAAUUGUGGCGGUGGUGCCAACGUGGCUCGGAGCUCGAAGAAAAGGCCGAGGGCCUCUCGACGAGCUCCCACGACGGUGUUAACAACAGAUACUACCAAUUUCCGCGCCAUGGUCCAGGAAUUCACUGGGAUACCAGCACCGCCAUUCACAGCCGCUUCCUCCUCCCCUUUUACAAGAAACGCUGCCAGGUUCGAUCUGUUUGGCGGCGGGGGAGGCGCCGCCAGAUCAGCCGCACAUUUGGACGUUGUACCAUCCACGCAGACUUACCUUUUGCGGCCACUUCCACAAAAACCGCCGUUUCUGUCUCCGUCACAGUCCACCUUCCUCGCCGGUACCAAUUUGCAAAACCCAAUUUUUGACAUCCACAACAUGCUUCAAUCCAACCCCAAAUUCAUCCCUUCCUCCAAUGAUCAAAAUCUCAAAAUGGGUCUUUUCGACGAGUUCGGUCUCAGCAACCUCAGCCAUGACCUCCCACCCGCCUCCCAGACCUUACAAUCGAACAACAACGGCCACAACCCACCUCCGGCGACAUGGGUCGGCGGCGGCGGCGGCGGUGGAGAAUCAAAUCAACAAGGUGUUAAUUUAAGAUCUGGCAAUGGAAAUAUCAACGGAAAACUGAUCCGGUACGCCGCCGGCGCUGCAUAUUCAACCGGAUUUCUCGGCGAUAAAGCGGCGGAGAAUUUAAGAGCUAGAAAUGAAGGUAUGGUGGAACCAUGGAUUUGUUCUUCUGAUUAGAUGCAAAAAAAAAAAAAAAAAAAGAGGGAAAAUUAUGAGAGAGAAUUACAGUAGAGAAGGAAUGAUCGUCCUUAAUUAACCAUCGCCAUUAUCAAACAUAAUCGAAACACCUCAUUUUCUUGGUUAACUAUUAUUAUUGUGUAAAUAAAACAUAUCUAUUUUCAAUUAUUCCCUCAUAAUUCUUAUUAUACACCAAAUUGGUUGGAAA